CCGGUUCGGUAUUGGCGAGUUCCUUUUCGUUUUUAAUUACGAGAAAUUGCGUCACUUUUCAAUUUUCCUUGAAAUUCUUCUACCUGGUUCGUUAAUCUAAGGCCAAGUGUUCCUGCUUCGUUCUGUAAUAGUCUCUGUCAUCGCGAUCUUUCGAAAACCCUACUCCCUCUCUCCCUCUAUAUCAAGAAGCUGCUCGGAAGGAUCGAGCAGUUUCGAAUUGGAUUCAGCAUGAAUUUCAGUGAGCUCAAUUCGGUGCUGUGAUUCGCACAACCAUGUGGUUUUCCUUCUGGAGAUCCAGAGAUCGUUUUACCUUGGAUCAUCUCAGUGUUGUCCUGCUGCCUUAUGGUGCUCAGGUACUUAACUGAUCAACUGACAAAAGUUCAAAUAGUUAACGACGUUAAUAAGGAUUUUGUUAUCGAGGCACUGAGAUCUAUUGCAGAGUUGAUCACAUAUGGCGACCAACAUGACCCAAGUUUUUUUGAUUUCUUCAUGGAAAAGCAAGUUGUGGGAGAGUUUGUACGGAUACUUAAACUCAGCAAAAGUAUUAGUAUUCCACUUCAGUUACUACAAACAGUGAGUAUUAUGAUCCAGAACCUAAGAAGUGAACAUGCUAUAUAUUAUAUGUUUAGUAAUGAACAUAUGAAUUACCUAAUUACAUAUUCAUUUGAUUUUCGGAACGAAGAGCUACUGUCAUACUACAUAUCCUUUUUAAGAGCAAUAAGUGGAAAAUUGAACAAGAGUACAAUUUCUCUGCUUGUGAAGACUCACGAUGAGGAAGUAGUUUCAUUUCCAAUGUAUGUUGAGGCAAUUCGCUUUGCCUUUCACGAGGAGAACAUGGUUCGCACUGCUGUACGUACUGUGACCCUUAAUGUUUAUCAUGUUGGGGAUGAAUGUGUUAAUAGAUAUAUAACAAGUGCACCUCACACAGAAUACUUCUCAAACCUGGUUUCGUUUUUUAGGAAUCAGUGUAUGGAUUUAAAUAGACUGGUGUCUGAGGCACUCAAAAAUCAAAGCUCAGAUUCAACCUCUGCAAUAAUUGCUGCUGUAGAUGAAAUUGAGGAUAACCUGUAUUACUUUAGUGAUGUUAUCUCUGCUGGGAUUCCCGAUGUUGGGAGGUUAAUAACAGACAGCAUUUUGAUGCUUCUGGUUUUUCCAUUACUUCUUCCUUCCCUGAGAACACUGGACUCUAAUGACAUGCAAAGUGGUGUUGUCACUUCUCUCUACUUACUUUGUUGCAUCUUAAGGAUAGUCAAGAUCAAAGAUUUGGCAAAUACCAUAGUCGCUGCUCUUUUUUAUCCCUUUGAGACCUUUACAAAAUUUUCUGGGGGAAAAGUCAAUGGCUAUACAUCUGAUAGUGGUUUUACAUCCGUAAGCCAAGAACCAGAUGAUAAUAGUGCAAAGUGCAAAGCAGAAUACUUGACAGUGGAAGUGCCAAACUCUACUAGCUCUUCAGACUUAUACCCUGAAAGUGUUAUGUCAGAAAAUAAUCGUGGCAGUUCAAAUUUGACAUUGAGGGAGGUUUUGCUUGCAUAUGUUACCAAAGGGGAUGAUGUACAAGUUUUGGGUUCUCUGAGUGUGCUUUCUACUUUACUGCAAACUAAAGAACUUGAUGAAUCUAUGCUAGACAAGCUUGGAAUUCUUCCACAACGCAAACAGCACAAGAAGCAGUUAUUGCAAGCUUUGGUUGGUGAGGCUUCAGGUGAAGAGCAACUUUUUUCCUCUGAAAAUAGCUGGAUGAGGGAUAGCAUUGGCUGCGAGCUCAAUACCUAUCUUGAAAAGAUUAAGGAGCUUUAUGGGUUAUCUUUUCUCUGCUCUGAUCUUGUCACAAGCCCUCGCGUGCCUAGAUUUCAGGUGCUCGAUGCAUUAGUUAGCCUCUUUUGUCGUUCAAAUAUUUCUGCAGAGACAUUGUGGGAUGGUGGUUGGCUUUUACGCCAGUUACUUCCUUACAGUGAAGCAGAAUUCAAUAGUCAACACCUGGAAUUGCUGCAAGUAAGAACAUACGAGGUUUCAUACAAGAAUUCUGCUACUGCUCUUGUAAAGGAGGUUAGAGGCUUCUGGCCCGAUCUUCUUAUUACUGUUCUUUGCAAUGAAUGGAAAAAAUGCAAAAGAGCGAUGGAGUCAUCUUACCCUCCAAAAGAACCAAAAUGCGUACUUUUUCCUUCUCCAAUAUUAUCUUCAGAAGACGAUAUACCUGACAGCUCAUCAUUUACUGCUGGAGAAAGACUGCAUGAAUUGGCAAAGCGAAUUCUCGUGCUCAGACAUCUGGACUUGAUUUGUCAGGCCCUAAACCAGGAACUGAAGUCAACCUUGGUAAAUGUUCCUAACUGGAGUUUUCUGUUUUCUCUCUUAUCUGAUUUUACAUACAAAGGGGUUAUACUUCAACAUAAAAGAGAUAGAAUGGCAAAAGGCAGAAAGAAGAGAAGAACCUGUGGUUUUGGUGUUUUGGGAGGGGGGCGUGGUUGCAGAAUAAUUCUGUCCUGAUGUUAAUAUCAAUAUAGUGAUAAACACAUGAUGUGAUAACCAACUGCUCCUAAUUUCAGAUAGAUAUUUAUGAUGUGGGCUAUCAUUAAAGCACCUAGUACUGUUAGGUACCCAUUUUGAAUAUUCCAAAUCAUAAAAAUAUUUUAUAUUUUAAAAAUCCUAAUUUUCAUAUCAUGUGAUGCACGGGUAUGAUAUGUGUAUCCAAUGCGACGAUAUGAUUAUUGUGAAAGGAUAUCAUACAUGCAAGAUACAGAUUUAAAAAUGUAUAAAAGUUCAUAAAACAUUAUAAAUAUAUUAUUGCAAUUGUGAAAAGUCCAAAUUAAAAGCAUCUCUUAGAUAUUCUUGACCUUAAAAAUUAUAAAUCAUAGUCAUCAUAAAUUACUCUCUAUUAUUUCAUAUCGUAAUAACAUUACCAAACUAAUUAGUUUUUAAAGAGAAUUCAUAAAGAGAUCAACUCCCAUCUUUGGUUUAUGAAGAGACAAUAUUUCUAUUUUUAUAUUACACACACACAUGUAUGUUUCACGUAGUCAAUCUUUCAAAGACGUGGCUACCAUAGCUACCUCCAAAUCUUUUGAUCAAAUGAUUCCCAACCGAAAUGGGGUUCACUUGGCACCAAUAAUAGAACCAAAACAUUGCCGCACCCUCCAUGCUCAUGAAUGCAUAUUGCAACUUAUGGAAUAAAUUAAUUUC